UCCGCUUCCGUCUUCUCCCUCCUCCCGCUUGAUAUCCGUCGCCACCACAGCGGCCGCUGCCGGGCGCGGAGUUGGCUGGUCGGUUGGUGUGUCUCUCAACGUCGGUGACCGUGCUGUUGAACUGCCCGCCAUGGCUGAGUUAGAUCCGUUCGGCGCCCACGCUAGCGGCCCCGCGCUGGGGAACGGAGUGGCCGGCGAAGAGGACCCUGCCGCGGCCUUUUUGGCGCAGCAGGAGAGCGAGAUUGCGGGCAUAGAGAACGACGAGGCCUUCGCUAUCCUGGACGGCGGCGCCCACGGGCCCCAGCCGCACGGCGAGCCGCCGGGGGGUCCGGAUGCUGUUGAAGGAAUCAUGAAUGGUGAAUACUACCAGGAGAGUAAUGGGCCAACAGACAGUUAUGCAGCUAUUUCACAAGUGGAUCGAUUGCAGUCAGAGCCUGAAAGUAUCCGUAAAUGGAGAGAAGAGCAAACGGAACGCUUGGAAGCCCUUGAUGCCAAUUCUCGGAAGCAGGAAGCAGAGUGGAAAGAAAAAGCAAUAAAGGAGCUGGAUGAGUGGUAUGCGAGGCAGGACGAGCAGCUACAGAAGACGAAAGCGAAUAACAGGGUGGCAGAUGAAGCUUUCUACAAACAACCCUUCGCUGACGUGAUUGGUUAUGUCACAAACAUAAACCAUCCUUGCUACAGCCUAGAACAGGCAGCAGAAGAAGCCUUUGUAAAUGACAUUGAAGAGUCGUCCCCAGGCACUGAGUGGGAGCGGGUGGCCCGGCUGUGUGACUUUAACCCCAAGUCCAGCAAGCAGGCCAAAGAUGUCUCCCGCAUGCGUUCUGUCCUCAUCUCCCUCAAGCAGGCCCCCCUGGUGCACUGAAGAGCCGCCCUGUGGAAACACUACAUCUGCAAUAUCUUAAUCCUACUCAGUGAAGCUCUUCACGGUAAUUGGAUUAAUUAUGUUGAGUUCUUUUGGACCAAACCUUUUGUCUUUAGAGUUGAUCAUUGUUUGUGAUUGCAUGUUUCCUUCAACUGUGUUGUCCCCGGCAUUCAAAGAGGAGGGGAGGUGGCGGAGGAAGGGAGGGGAAGCCUCCCAAUGGCAGCCUCAACCUAUGCUUUCGUGCGUGCGUUACUCUGAGAAUAAAUUUCUGUUUCAGACAAUAAACAAA